GAGAGCUUUGCCUCCUACUUUUUGUUGGGACCUGGGAGGAAAUUAUCCCGCGGGGGUUGGCGAAGUGGAAUAAAAGGAGAAAUAGAAACAAGAAACAAGUUACGAGCCAUGGGAGUGAGCGGGGUUGCUGUUUAGUCGUCUGCAAUGCAAGCAGACGUGUUCCCACGGUGAAUUCACACGCGGAGGUUCUUGUGUGGCACUGUAACCCUCCCUCUCCCCCAUCAUGCUGAGUUUCCUGCGCAGGACGCUGGGGCGACGCUCCAUCCGGAAGCAUGCAGAGAAAACCCGGUUACGGGAGGCCCAGCGAGCCACAACGCACAUCCCUGCUGCCGGGGAUGCAAAGUCUAUCAUCACCUGCCGUGUUUCCUUACUGGACGGGACGGACGUCAGCGUAGACCUGCCGAAAAAAGCCAAAGGUGAGGAGCUGUUCGACCAGAUCAUGUACCAUCUGGACAUCGUAGAGAAAGACUACUUCGGACUGCGCUUCAUGGACUCAGCACAAGUGCCGCAUUGGCUUGAUGUUACAAAAAGCAUCAAAAAGCAAGUGAAAAUCGGCCCACCAUACUGCCUUCACAUGAGAGUGAAAUUCUACUCUUCAGAACCGAACAACCUGCACGAGGAGCUCACCAGAUACCUAUUUGUCUUACAAUUAAAGCAAGACAUCCUCAGUGGCAAGCUAGAAUGUCCAUUUGACACAGCAGUGGAGUUGGCUGCCUUCUCACUACAGGCUGAGCUAGGUGAUUGUGACCCAUUAGAACAUAGUUUGGACCUGGUAUCAGAAUUUCGCUUCAUCCCCAACCAAACGGAGGAUGUGGAGCUGGCCAUAUACAACACAUGGAAGGACUGCAGAGGUCAGACACCGGCCCAAGCUGAGAUUAACUACCUGAAUAAAGCCAAGUGGCUAGAAAUGUAUGGGGUGGACAUGCAUAUGGUCAAGGCAAGAGAUGGUAAUGAGUACAGUCUGGGUUUGACACCCACUGGAGUUCUGGUGUUUGAAGGACAAACCAAGAUCGGGCUCUUCUUCUGGCCCAAGAUCACUCGUCUAGAUUUCAAGAAGAGCAAGCUGACACUUGUGGUAGUGGAGGAUGAUGAACAAGGUAAAGAGCAGGAGCACACCUUUGUUUUCAGGAUGGACCAUCCCAAGGCCUGUAAGCACCUCUGGAAGUGUGCUGUGGAGCACCAUGCUUUCUUUAGGCUGAGAGGGCCAGUACACAAGAACUCUGCAAACUCUGGAUUCAUACGGAUGGGAUCACGCUUCAGAUACAGUGGAAAGACAGAGUAUCAGACAACCAAGGCCAAUAAAGCAAGGCGGUCAGCCUCCUUUGAGAGAAGGCCCAGUCGACGUUACUCAAGAAGAACCAUGCAGAACAGAGGACCAUUCAAUCCACAGGAAGUUCUUUCCUCAGGCAAUGGAGUCAGCUCCAGCAAAGACAACAAGGUUUCUCCAAGUAGAGGUGCCUGGUCAGGCGUGCCUGUGGUCACCCCAGCAGCUGCUUCUGCCUGUGGACCGAUGGAAAUUGAGGCACUGCCUAGGAGUCCUGGAGGAGAAAAAAGGAGUGUGCCCAUGGUUGCUGACCUGAUGGAGACAUGCAUUGAUGAUGUCCUCAGGGCUCCUGUUGUUCCCACGAUGACAGCUGCAGAGGAGGCAGGACCAAGCAGUGCCUAUGCCACUGCCAGUGUCGCAGCAGAAGAUCCGCUCAGCCUCACUGAAGCAGCAGCUCGUUUGAAACAACUGGAGUUGGAGAGCAGUCCACUUCUCGCUACUCCGAGAAAUAACAUCAAUGUCAAUAUGGCCAUGAACAAUCAGGAGGAUGUGGUGAAGCUCACAGAGAAGUGUGCUCUGAGCAGUACAAGCAGUAGUCCAGUUGUCACUCCACUGCGCACCCCAGAGGAUCUGAAGAGUAACAUCCUAAAGGCACAAGCUGAGGCUGCUGCCCUCAAGGGGUCUUUGGAGGAACACGUCGUAAUGGUUGGAGAGAAAAACUGUAACUUGCAGGAAGUUUCUGCCAGGUUGAAGGUGCGUGCCGGGAGAAUGGGCAGUAACUCGUCUCUUUCUGUUAGCAGUCGCCCUGACACCCAGGACUCCUGGGACCUGCUAAAGCCAGCUUCACUGGUCUCAUUAGUAGGGGCCAGUGCCGAGAGGUUAGCUGAAGAUUUAAAUCCCUCUGUUCCCAAGAUGCCCUCGGAGUCUGCCAGCGAAGGCAUGGCACCAAAGGUUAAAGCAGAGGAAGUGGACCUGCAAAACACCCCCUCACUGUCUGACAACCUGAUCGACUUCACUGAUCCGACUCCUGCACUGCCACCAGUGCAGCAGCCCAAACCUCUCAUCACACCCCGCUGGAUCAUUCCAACAACUGCUCCUCCUGGUGUCUUUACUAACGGCCUGCUCGACCUCGACCCCCCUGCUAAGGUCACCCCUCUUCUCCCUGCAGAUGGGGGAGCUGCUCUCACCCCAGCCCUCCCCCACCUCGCUCACACGCGUAACACCAUCUCCGCCAGCGCUGUGGGUCAGCCGCCAGCCUCGGAGGAUGGAGCCAAACCCAGAGGUCUCCUGACCACUGAGCUCUGAUGAAGAAAUGAGGAGCCACCACCACAACAUUCAUUUCCCUGAUUGCUUUCCCACCUCAUCCCAUCACCCUCUCACCCAUCCGCGCACAAGCAAGCUGGGCUGGCGGUGCUGAACAAUGUGGUCUAAGAGGAAAGCAGAAGGGAAGAGGCAGCUGACAAGCACCACAAUUUCAAUUGCUCCCUCACUAAUAAACAGAUUUAACAAAAUUAAUUAAGAACACAGAUCAGCAAUGGGAAAUUAAGUACAGUUUUCCAUGACAACCUGACACCAAGCUUGUUUUUUGUAAAACAGACAUUUAGCUCCAGUAUUAACAUCGUAACAUCUACCAAGUGAAGUUCCUGUUUGAGUUUCACCGUUAGUGACCUGCCAUGUAUUUAAUCCAUCCAGUCAACCAAACCUCAGUCUCUAAGAAUGAGCACCAUCUUCUUGUGGAGGACAAGUAAUGAAAGUCUUGUUUGCUACACAGGUCAAGUUGGGGCUCAUUCGCCAAAAUCCACCAUCUCAUGACACUGUAAGGUACGUUGCAUAGCAGCAUCAACCACUGGCUUAUGACAUAAAGGGUAGGUUGUCUCUUUUAGUGCUGCUCCCCCAGCCCCUUUUUCUUUUAUCACUGGCAGUGCAUACCACUGGAUCUCUGCUACUCUGAGCUUUUCUGUGCAAUCACAUGUACAGAACAGCAGCUCAUAUGUAGAGCUGCUGAAGUACACUGGAUACAGGACUGAGAAGACAAGUCUAUAAAAAAGACAGCUAAAAGAAAGACACUAACUUAAAAUGCUGAUUCUAAGAGAGAAACAGCACCUGGACUCUUAACAUGAUGAAACGCGUGGAUAUGAUACUGUACUGUCCUUGUAGCACACUACGAACCUUUUUUUAAACCCAGUCAGUUCUACAUGUGAAUCUCGUCUGUUGCAGCCACUGGAUAGGAAAACUUCUCUGGAUUAUCUUUGCAACACUGGACCUUGAAAGAAUUCCUUGCAAUGGUUGAUGAUAGAGAACACAACUUUGGUUUUUCAACUUUUGUUUUUAUUAUCACGCUCCUACAUUUUUCUCUGUUUUUGAUGUUUGUUUUUUUUAAUUUCCCUUUGCAGUACUUUUUAAAUCUGCACAUUUUGGUUCCAGCAUCAAGAGGGAUUGAAAAUCACUAAUGAAUGUUAGUUCUAUGUCUCCUUUUGGAGCCUGUUUGUCCCACUAAAAAAAGUCUUAUCGUGGCUUUUAAUAUGAAGUUACAACAAUUUGUGUGAAAUGUGAUCCUAUAAUUAGUUUUCACUUGAAACCACUGCUUUCAUACUUUAAUUACUUUCAUCAAUUUUAACUUCUAAACUGGGGAUGUAAAUGUCACACGUGAACGCGACUCAAUUGCUGUUGAAAAAUCUUAGCUAAUUGUGAUUACUGGAGUACGUGAUGGACGUGUCCAAUGUUUGGAUCCUCUAACGGGAUGAUUGAAUUCAUUUUAGACCGUAAUUUGACCCUGUUAUAGACAAUGACUCAAGUAUUAACAUGCUGUAGCUAUUACCCUGCCUUAUGUAAAUGAAUGUAUUCAAAAUGUCUCAUGUAAGAAUGCUGGAGAUGCCACAGUACAAACAUAUCACUUGUACGGCUGUUCAUCUUAAAUCUACAAUUCCUGAUUAAUUGUAAAACUGGAGGAAAAUUUUUUUACAUGUGAAAUUGAAGCCUAAUUCUACAUUUUCUGAAUUAUUAAUGAAGUAUAUCACACUGACUCUAAAGUGGUAGAGUUGUAGAUCUCAUCUUCCAUUCCCAUUACCCCAUACAUCAUAAUCACCAAGUCUGGACCCUCAUUCAAGUGUUAUCGGUGUAGUUUUUUUUAGUAUGAUGUUGAUUUCAUUAUCUGUCUUGAACAAGGGAAGCUGACUGUUUUUACAAUGUGUUCUUAGCAGUGACAGUUAUUUAUGCUACUACUCAGUGUAAUUGUUCAAAUAUUGCAUAUUGUCCAAAAGUGUUGUAGCACCCAGUUGCAAUGUGUUGUCAGUAUAAUGGCAUCAGCUGGCUGUAGAUACGAAGUAGAUUUAUAUAUAUUUUUUUGAAAAUUAUGUUGGCAGUAUUGUUACAGCGUACUAAGGAGAAUUUCAGCAUUGAGGUGUUUUCUAAUCACAAAAGCAGUAGGAAUUGUGUUACUGAUCAAACUGACUGGGAAAAACACAGAUUGUGACAUCUCAAAUGCAUUUUUAUAUAAACUUUUAUUUUUUUCCUGGAAUACCUUGAUCGUGAUUCAGUAAAGCUUUGCUACAGUAGGAGUCCGUUGUUUCUCAUUUAUUUUUAUUGUUUGGCUACUGUUGAAUUAUUUGCAAAGGAGGUUGUCGUGAUUACAGUCGGAUUUAUGCAAGACUAGAUAAUCUGAUUUUCUGCUCGGCGGCGGACCAGAUGUGAUUUUCGUCUUGUUAAACCAGCUAUGAAACAAUAACCUUGAUCACUCGAAGGUUAAAAAAAAAAAUCAUAUUUUGCAUCCCUGUUUAAAUCCACCCAGUCUGUUAUACUGUAAGUAAAGCUCUUGUAUCUGUAUCAGAGGACUGUUCAAAGAAAAAUGUUUUUUAAAGUAAUAACCUGAAUCUGAGUUUAUUAACUAAUGUCACCAUUUGUCAUCUAAUGAAGAGCAUUGCAAAGUGGUAUUUUUUCGCCGCCCUCAGAAAGGUUUUAAUUGAAUCCUACUUUUUGAAGCUGCAUCAUCCACUAAAAUAUAAAGGAAAAACUAACCUUUCAAAACAAUUCACAUGCUUUUCUUAGAUCUUGUUGGUUAAGAGUUCUGUCUAGUGUCACACAGACAUUAAAGGUAAUUUACAAAAUAAUCAAACUGAUUCUUCACAUGAUCCAUUGACAAUGAAUGGUGUGCUAACAGAGCCCAGGUAUGGCGUUACAUUUUUUAUUUAAAAACUCCUGAGAUAAUUACAACAAUAUGAAACCCUUUGACAGUCCCUUAGUCUAUGUGUUAAGCUCUCCUUCAGUUAUUGACAAUAUAAGAGGCCACAGUCUGCAAUUCUUUGGCUGAAAGGAGGCUUCGUGACUCAGCAGACCCAAGAUAGUUAGAACAGGGUGAGUUGUUUUGAAUGAAAUUCCUCUCUGUACUGCAGAAUCUAAACCAACAUUAGCUGCACUCACAACACAAACUUUUCCCUGUAUGUUCAUUUAUAU